UAUAAAUACUUCCUCUUUGCACCUUCUUUUUCCCUUUUUUUUUACUCUCUCUCUCUCUCUCUUUUCUUUUCUUUAUAUAUCUAUAUUAUGUUGGCUUGUGCACAAAACAUUUUUUUUAAUAAUGAAAUUACAACAAAUGAUAACAAUGAUUGUCAGAUCAAUGAUAAAAGAAUGCAUUCUAUAAAAAACAAUCCAAUCCAAUUACCUCCACAACAUGACCCUAAUGUGAACAAAGAGAAAGAAGAGCAACAAGUAUGGCCACCCGAUGUAGAAGCUGCUUUUAUUGAAGCGCUUGAAACCAUUCCAAAACUUGGUAGAAGAAAGAUUUUGGUCAAUGGCAAACCCUGUGGGCGAAAUGAACUCAUUUCUGACUUUAUCUAUCGCAAGACGGGUAAAGUACGAACCAGAAAACAAGUAUCAUCACAUAUCCAAGUACUCAAGAAUACACGAAAAAGUGACCCUCAUUUCAUGCGUUUAUUGACAGACUCUGUUGAGGAUGAAGGAUUUGCCUCUUCCACUACACCACUGGCACGAAAACCUAAACAAGUCAUGCGUCGCCAAAGUAACUUUUCAAGGCCCCAACCCAAGAUGAACUCAUUGCGUUCUUCUGAAUCGUUUUCUUCAGAUGAUUCAUCCAUUUCGUCUUCUUCUUCACCCGCUGAUUAUGUACUUGAUCUCAUGUGUCAUGAUCAACAACAGCAAGUACCACCCCCACUUUCCAUGCAUGAUUCUUUUUAUGAGCCUAUGUUUAAUACCCUGGACACGCAUUCGUCAAAACCCAAUACUAUCAUGGCCACAUCGUCAUUCUCAUUUCAAAAUCUGAAUGAGACUGAUGUAUUGCAACAAUUAUUCCCCUUGACCGAAUCUGCCACGACAGUGAUUGAUCUCUUAGACCAACAAAGCUCCAUCAACAAGUUUCUGAUGAGCAACUACAAGCAAAAAAAGAAACUCGUCAAGAAAUACACAAAACGACAAAAGAAGUCGAUGCAUUACCCUCAUGGGUUGGAUGAACUCAGUAUGAAUCCCAUGUCUUCUUUGCCUUCUCAUGUCUGGAUUGAUCCUUCUCUUUACCCUUUAUGGCCAAACUACCUAUGCCUUUAUCUUGAUAACACAAAUCCUUAUGAACAAACGAUGCCGCAUACAUUGGCUAUUUUACCUGAAUGUAUACCCAGUUGCAUUCCUACCUUGGAUAGUUCCCUUGUCGCUAAAAACAAAUGUCCUCCUGUUUCUGAAAUCACAUCGCAUCCUGCCAUGACUACACUCUCUGCCAAGAUCAAACUGAAUCUCAACUUGAAUAUGAAUGAUUUUAUAUUCAACAAUACUUGUUUCUUUGAGACACAAGAGCGUCGUACGAUUGAAUGCACUACCACUAUUUAUUCCUUUGGCAAUGUUGUGCUAGAAUCAAAAGAAGUGCAACAAGCUUUGUGGUUAAAUGAAGGCAAAUUUAUGUAUAGUUUUGUUUAUGUCAAUCAGUUCUUUGAUGCUUUUAUGAAAGGCAUUCGGUCUUUACAAUCUUGGGAAGAAGUAGAUAUUGCGAUUAAUAAUUUAUGUGUAGUGCAGGUAUUUGAAGAUAUGGAAUCGAAACAACAAACAGUUGAUAGCUUGAUGCUAUCUCAUACAGAUAUCAUGACAAAUUUACUUGUACCUGCCCCUCUUUUAGUGAUGGUAUAUGAAUUUGAAAGAGGACAAGGCACAGUAGAUUUGAAUAUUGUAAAGACCUCUAAAGACUUUGAAUUCUUAUCUUCAACUGAUAUGUAAAAACACACACACACACAUAUAUAUAUAUUUAUGCAUGUACAGAUUCAUUUUUAUAAGCCUAUAGAAUAAAAUUAAUUUAUGC